AUGCAAAAAACUUUCGAGUCUGCUAUAAGAUGGCUACACAAAAUUAUGAACAGUGAAAGAUUGAACGAUUAUCUUGCAAGAGAAGAUAUUACAUGGCAGUUCAAUCUAAGUCGUGCUUCUUGGUGGGAUGGGCAGUUUGAGCGUUUGGUUGGUCUUGUUAAGCAAGCGAUGUACAAGGCUAUUGGAAAAACUUAUUUAUCAUUUAUUGAGUUGGAGGAUGUAUUACUUGAUGUUGAACAAACUCUCAACAACAGGCCCUUAUCAUACGUCGAAGAUGAUAUUCAACAAGAAAUUCUUACGCCCAACAGCUUGAUAUUUGGACAAAUCAAUCGAGUUCCAACUGAAAAAGAUAAGCAUGAUGUCGAGAAAGGAGAUCUGCGGAAGAGGUUUAAAUUUAUUCAAAGAUGUAAGGAAGCUACAUGGCAGAGAUGGUCUCAAGAGUAUGUGAGAUCACUUCGAGAAAGACAUAACUUGAAGCACGAGCUGAAGAGAGCAGAACCGAAACCUGGAGAUGUCGUGUCAAGGGAGACAAGGGAGACAGAAAGAACAGAGGAAAAUGGACAAUUGGUGUCGUAA